UUAGUUUAUAAAUUGACCACACACCUCAACCUUGAUUUUUAUUUCUCCAUUCAACUUUUUUUCUUUCUAUAAAGCCUUCAUUCACCAAAGGAAGUAGCCACAAUUAAUCAUCUACUAUCUCUUCUCUACUCUGUUAUUUUUCUUCUAAUAUUUAAUUAAUUAAGAUGACGAACCAGAAUAAUAAUGUAGUAAGACCUGAAGUUAAUUCAUGCAUUAACACUCUUAUUUCUGGACCUGAAUCCAUGGCUGUUCUUGGUGAGUUUUUGGGUUUCUCUCAUAGUAAUUUUAUAAAGAGGUUGGAUUUGGAAGGAGCUAACGUUAAUGCUUGGAUUGAUUUAAUGAGAGCUGCUUCUCCAACUCGUUCAGAAAAUCAAGAAAAAAGUUCUUGGAUUCUUUAUCAUCCUUCAGCGAUUAAAUUGUUUGAUGAGAUAAUAUAUAGUGCAAAGGGAAAGGAGAUUGUGUUUUUUCUUGACUAUGAUGGAACUCUCUCACCGAUUGUUGCGGAUCCAGAUAAAGCUUUCAUGACUAGAAAGAUGAGAGCAACGCUUAAGGACAUAGCAAGACAUUUUCCAACAGCCAUCGUGACUGGAAGGUGCAGAGACAAGGUAUUUAAUUUUGUAAAAUUAGCAGAACUAUACUACGCAGCAAGCCAUGGCAUGGAUAUAAUGGGACCGACAAAAAACGGAAGUGCUGUGAAAAGUAAUAAUAAUAAUAAUACUAACAAAGCAGUGCUGUUCCAACCUGCUGGUCAAUUCUUGCCUAUGAUUGAUGAGGUGUACAAAAUAUUGUUAGAAAAAACAAAGUGUGUUCCAGGAGCUAAGGUAGAGAACAACAAAUUUUGCUUGUCCGUGCACUUCCGUUGUGUUGACGAAAAGAGUUGGGCUCCUUUGGCGGAGAAAGUUAGAUUGGUGCUAAAUGAAUACCCAAAACUUAGGCUUACACAAGGGAGAAAAGUGCUGGAGAUUCGUCCCACCAUUAAAUGGGACAAAGGCAAGGCUCUUGAAUUUUUGUUGGAAUCGUUAGGAUACGAGAAUUCUAAUGAUGUAUUUCCAAUUUAUAUCGGUGAUGAUCGAACUGAUGAGGAUGCUUUUAAGGUUUUGCGAAGAAGGGGUCAAGGGGUUGGGAUUCUUGUUUCUAGUGUUCCAAAAGAAACAGACGCUUCCUACACACUGCAAGAUCCAUCAGAGGUUGAGCAUUUUUUGCGGCGAUUGGUGGAAUGGAAAAGAUCGAGUAAUGUGAACCCCACAAGCGCAUAGAGUUGUAGAUUGUAUUUGUAGGUGAUGAUCACUUCAAGGAAUUGACACCACUUUAGCUAAAAUUUGCUAAAACGGGUGGAUCCAAUUGUAUCACUUUCUUUUUUCAAAUGGAAAAUAUCAUUAUUUCAUCA